UAUAACGGUUACAAACUGUUUUUGGGAGAGUCACUGUUUUUUCUUGUUUCCUUUUGUAUUGGGUUUUGUAUGUGUAUAUUUUGGGGUUUUCAAGUUCUACUUUUGGGGGUUAUUUGGUUAGGGAAUUUGUUGGGAAUUGGUGUAAAUCUCAUGUAGGAGAGUUAAUGGGAUUGUUUGUUUCUUUUGGGUUUGUGGUUGGAUGUGAUGAUCAAAUUUGGAGUCUGAGAAAUGGUAGACAUGCUUGUGGCUUGAAUCAAGGACCAAAAAUCAAGGUGCCAAUUGUAGGAAGAGCAUCGUUGAACCUUGCUGAAUUCGCUUCUAGAGUUGAGGAAAAAGAUUUUGAUCUUAAAAUUCCUCUCAUCUCUGGCAGUGCAGCUGAGCCUUCACUUCAUAUAUCUCUAAGUUUAUUGGAGCUGAGGACUGGUCAAGAAUCUGCAGUUAUAGUUCAGAGAUCAGUCUGUCCCCCACCAUCAAAUUCCCCUCUCCAGUCGACUGACCCUCCUCUAUCCACAGAUAAAGAUGAGCUUUCUGUACUCAAGGCCGGUCUGAGGAAAGUGAAAAUUUUUACGGAUUAUGUUUCGACUAGAAGGGCAAAAAAGCCUUGCCACGAGGAAGAAGGCAGCGAGGCCAGGAGUGAAGAUGGUGAUUACACCUACCCCUUAGACUCGGACUCGCUCGACGAGUUUCCAGAAGGAGAAUCUGAUGAGGGGAAAAAUGAAGACUCCCGUAUUAGAAAAUCGUUUAGCUACGGCACAUUGGCUUAUGCGAAUUGUAUUGGCGGAUCGAUUUACUCUGAUAUGACGGAGGAUGAAGAUUGGAUUUACAGCAACCGCCGAAAAUCAGACGUGGGUUGCUCACAAAUGGAGGAUUCUGCUACUUCUUCUACCUCUGAGCCUUCUUUGUUCCCAAUGUCGAAGCGCAGUAUCAUCUUGCCUUGGAGGAAGAGGAAGCUUAAUUUCAGAUCUCCCAAGGCUAAAGGUGAGCCACUACUAAAGAAGGCUUAUGGAGAAGAAGGCGGGGAUGACAUCGACUUUGACCGUAGGCAGCUAAGUUCUGAUGAAUCUUUUUCUUUUGGGUGGCAAAAGACCGACGAAGACUCAAGUGCAAAUCGUUGGUCGAUCUCCGAGUUCGGGGAUGACAAUUUCGCCAUUGGCAGCUGGGAACACAAAGAAGUCACAAGUCGUGAUGGACACAUGAAGCUUGAAACUCAGGUCUUCUUUGCCUCUAUCGAUCAGCAGAGUGAACGGGCAGCGGGCGAGAGUGCUUGCACCGCCCUGGUUGCUGUCAUUGCAGAUUGGUUCCAAAAUAACAAAGACCUCAUGCCCAUUAAGUCACAAUUGGACAGCUUGAUCCGCGAUGGCUCCUUAGAAUGGAGAAACCUCUGUGAAAAUGAAAUGUACAGAUUACGUUUCCCUGACAAGCACUUUGAUUUGGAAACGGUUCUCCAAGCCAAAAUCCGCCCUCUCUCUGUAGUUCCUUCAAAGUCCUUCAUUGGGUUUUUCCGUCCGGACGGGAUUACGGAUGAGGGUAAAUUCGUCUUUUUGCAAGGCGCCGUGUCUUUCGACAACAUUUGGGAUGAGAUUAGUCAUUUAGGGUCUGAAUGCCUUUUCAUAGUCAGUUGGAACGAUCAUUUCUUCGUGCUUAAGGUCGAACCAGAAGCUUAUUAUAUUGUUGACACGUUGGGAGAAAGGCUAUACGAGGGGUGUAACCAGGCGUAUAUCUUAAAAUUUGACAAGGAUUCUAUGAUUUACAAACUAAUGGGGUCCACGCAAUCUUCGGAAGAAUUACCUCCUGCCAAUCAGCAGAUAGUCGAUGGUACGGUGGAAACUAAGAACCAAACGGAUCCCCAGAUUAACUCCAAGGAGGGUUUUCUAGUAGAAGGGGCCGAGUUAAUGAAGAGUGAAGAUAGGGAGGAGGUUCUUUUUUGCCGCGGGAAGGAGUCGUGUAAGGAGUACGUAAAGAGCUUUUUGGCUGCAAUCCCAAUAAGGGAAUUGCAAGCGGAUAUCAAGAAAGGUUUGAUCGCUUCGACGCCUCUUCAUCACCGACUGCAGAUCGAGUUUCAUUACAUACAAGUACAACCACCACAGCCACAGGAACUUCCACAAACGGAAGCAGCAGCCGCGAUGAUGCUUUUGUUUUCCGAAAACGGAGAGCAUUCCCCACCAAAAGAACCGGUCACUGGUGAUCCGAUGAGUAGUUGAAGUUCUGGAAUAACCGAGGUUUGCUGCGUAUGGACUAAGUGUAAAUGUUAGCGUGUGCGUUUAUCUAACGUGUUUUUAGCUUUUUUUACUACUUUUUUAGCGCGAGGUUGCUGGGCUAAAAGUAUGAGUCCAUUUCAGCCUCUUUGGAAUGGUUUUAGACUUUUAGGAUAGAAGGGUUGUGUUUCUCACUUAUGUUUCUGUGUUUGUGUGGCAUUGCCCUUUUAUUUUUUUCCAUCUUUGUUGAAAAGGGGAUAAUAGACUGUACUCUUCUUGAAGUGAAACUCCUUUUAACUUUCCAUAUCUAUUCUAGUACAAGUUUUCUUGAAUUC